CUAAAAUCUGUAGUAAGGUUGGAACAACCAUGGCAUCCGUCGCAGCGCAUUUCUGUUCUGAACUAUGAACGCACACACUUCAGUAUUUCUGGAUCAUUAUUUAUUAUUAUUAUGAUUGGGCGCAACACUUAGUAAAUAACAAUUGUUAAAAGGCCUACAAUUAGCUACUGUAAUAGGAAUGACAGUAAUUUCUCUCAUCGUGUAAAAUGAGACAGUUCAAAGAGCAUCAUAUUAAAUGCGCCAUGCUGUUGAAAUUAUCUUCAGGGGGCUUUAGAAUUAUUUAUGUCGUGCAGUCCAAUAGCGUUGGGAAAUUGUCUUCAGGGGGCUUCAGAAUUGUUUAUGUUCAAUGGCGUUUGGUGAAGGCAUUGUUAGGUCAUGCUGUUGAUUUUCGUGUGAUGUGGGCUUUAGUAAGUAACCUUGACCAGUAGAAAACGUGGAGGUGAGAAUGUAUAAGUAUGAAAGCGUAUAUUUAUAAUAAUGGGUAAUUGUUGUCAUCCAUUUGGAUUAACGAAAACAUCCAAAAGCCAGCAAAAGAAGAUUGUAUUGUUAUUGGUUGGUCUAGAUAAUGCAGGGAAGACAACAGCUGCAAAGAAUCUUGUAGGUGAGCCACUUGAUACAGUUGUACCGACUGUUGGGUUUUCCUCAGUUUCCUUGACUCAUCGGGGCUACUGUGUUGUAAUAUAUGACUUGGGAGGAGGUCCACAAAUCAGAGAAAUCUGGCAUCGAUAUUUUGUGGAUGUCCAUGGUGUAAUCUUUGUUGUGGAUGCAAGUGAUAUGUCUAGGCUGGAAGAAGGUCGUGGUGUGUUGGAGAAUCUUCUUUCACAUGAAAAAUUAGCUGGAAAGCCAGUGCUUCUUUUAGCAAAUAAACAGGACUGUGAAGGAGCCCUAGAUGAACUGGAUGUUGUGGAACGCCUCAAUGUUGAAGCUGUGGUGAAUCAGCAUCGUUGUCACACCCUGGUGGAAAUGUGUACAGCUACAGCAGUAAAAAAUUCCCAUAGGAAGUUGGAUACAGCCAUUCAUAAUGGUUUUAGGUGGUUGAUUAAUUGCAUUAUUAGAGAUUACAGUAACCUGAACAGUCGAGUGGAAAGCGAUGUGGCUGUGCAAAGGAAGCAAGAAGAACAAGAGAAGAAGGAGCGUCUUGAGAGAAUACGAAAAGCAAGGGAGGAGAGAGGUGAAGACAUUGCAGGUGGUAUUACAGUAAAUGGAAUCUGCAAUGGAGAAAUCCAUGAUGAUAGUGAUGGUGACAUUGUCAUGGCAGACCCUUUCAGGCCAAUUGCUGAUAUAAUGGAAGACAUCAAGAGCCCUGUACCUCCAAUUGUGGAACCAGAAUUGAAUACCAGAGUAAUUUUGGUGAAAGAAUCUCCAAAGAAAAUACAGCCUAGUAAUGAAGGAAAAGAAAACCAUUUUGAUGGUUGGGAUAGUAAUAGACAGACUAGUAAUGUGAAGAGAUUCGUGGACAUUGAUGGUGAUGAAGUGGUGUUAGUUGCAAGUGCAAGGAGUGGGGAAAGCUUGAUAUCUGGUGCUGAUGAUAAGAACUCUCUUGGGAGUGCUGUCAUUGUUGGAGAGUUUCCAAGUCCUUCUCAUAGUGUCACAGAGCUUAUCAAAGAUCAACUUGAACUGGAGGUACUGCAACGUAAGAAACGCCGCUUCUUACAUCGAAUGAAUCGAACAGCUCCUGCUCCACUGGGUCCAGCUAGUUCAUUAGAUGAGACUGACUUAGCUGAAAUAAGGAAAUGCAACCUAAAACAAGAAAAAUCCAAACCAAUGUUUCUCAGAAAACAAGCUUUUGUGAAAGAGAUUGGUAUGUCUCAAGAAUCUCCAGUUAGUCUAAAGAAGAAGCAGUGUGCUGAUAAAUCAAAUUUAUUUUGCUUUAGCACUGGCAGUACUAGUUCAGAACAUUUGGCAAGUUCUGAUUCUGGCUCGGAGAAACAAAAGUCAUUUCAUGAGACAAAUUCAUCAGAUGGCAAGAACAGGAACAUUGAACACAAAUUAACAAAUACGAGAGUGACACCUAUGAAUGCUGAAACAAGUUUGCCUAAUAGUUUCAUUGAAAGAGGUUUCCAAUUGCCAGCUGAAUCACGUAAAGUGACUGCAGUAAAACAGAUAAAACAGAUAUCCAGUAGAUAUUCUAGUUCACAAAGUCACAAAGGUUCAAAAGAAGAUGGUAUUGCAGCUUGUCACCAAUUAAGUGAUGCAGAAAAAUCUACACCAAAAGAACGGCAAAGUGUUGAAAAUCAUAGCAAAGACCCCAGCAGACAAAAUUCUGCACAACAGGAUGAGAUGAGAGUUAAGAAACAGUUGUCAGUAAAUGAGACAAGUUCAGAGGGCACCAGGAGUCAGAUGGGUUCACAGCACUUAACUGACUCAGGCUUUGUUAGUCCCAAGAAUGUAUUACCUCCAAUACAGUUCACCAGCUCUGUUGACAAGCCACCCUGGAUUCUACCUCCAUUGUUGUCAGAAAGAAAGCAUUCUAGUCAAGGUGAGAUUCUCAGUGGAUCACUUCUGUACCAAUGCUUUUUCCUGUCUUUAUAAGGUAA